CAUGCGUCGUGUAGAAGGCGGCUCCUGACAGGAAUAUAUAGACUGAUUCGCAGCGCACGUGCCUUCGUUCGAUGGCUUCGCUAGGCGCUGCACACUGGCUGGACCCUUCGCUCCCUGUGGAUAGCCCCGAGUGCCCGUAAGCAAUGUCCCACAUAUUGGUCUCCAGGAUCGUGGGCGCCGUCUCCAACUUCUGGAAGUUGGCGGUGCUCAUCCUCAUACCGUUCCUCUACUUGCCCCUCGUGCUGUACAUCGACACCAAGGAAUCGAGAUGUGCCUACGUCGUCUGUCUUAUGUCCACGUUCUGGAUGACGAAUGCUGUUCCCCUGCCUGUCACGGCUUUGCUUCCCGUGGUUCUGUUUCCUCUGCUGGGCGUAUUGCCAACGGAUGAAGCCUGCUACCCUUAUCUUCAGGAAACAAACAUGCUCUUCAUUGGUAGCCUAAUCAUGGCGAUGGCUAUCGAACACUGCAACGUCCACAAGAGGAUAGCCCUGAGGGUGAUGCUCUGUGUUGGAACAAAUCCGAGAUGGAUCAUGUUGGGUUUCAUGCUGACCACCAUGUUCAUGUCGACUUGGAUUUGCAACACGGCCACAACCGCCAUGAUGAUGCCCAUUGUGGACGCCGUCCUGGCUGAAGUCAUCGAUGCCGAAUACGAUCCACUCAUGCUCGCCGAAAUCGGAGGCGCCUGCGACACAGAAAAAGGUGGCUGCAAACCACUCAACCACAGCACCAGCACAGAAAGCUCCGGAAGGAAAGAGAAGUGCGUGAUGCCUCCUAGCCGCUCGUGCAGCGUGCGCAGUGAGGACGUUGCCAAGCAGAAAGCCCAGAGGACGCUGAGCAAGAGCCUCUACCUCAGCGUGGCCUUCGCUGCAAACAUCGGCGGCACGGCAACGCUCACCAGCGCGGGACCUAACCUGAUUCUCAAGUUUGUCGUCGAAGAAUUUUAUGGAGGUCUCCCUCCCAUCGACUAUGCAAGCUGGCUGGUUUUCUCGACGCCAGGAGUCAUCAUCAGCGUUUUCGUGGUCUGGGCUGCGUUCCAGAUUCUCUACCGGAACACUGGGGCCAUUGGUCUCGAGAGGAAGGGACAUGCAGCGAAGAAGGUCAUUAACAAAAAAUACGACGAACUUGGCCCAAUGAACUUCCACGAGUUAGCUGUGCUGGUGAUGCUGGCGACUCUGGUCCUUCUGUGGAUGUUCAGGGACCCGCACUUCGCGAGGGGCUGGGCCACUUUUUUCGGAGACCUGAAGCCCAAGGACGCCACGGCGGCUCUGUUUGUAGUAUUCUUCCUUUUCGUGAUCCCGUCCGACCCACGCAAAGUGGGAACCAGUCCGACCUUACUCACCUGGGACGUGGUUCAGAAGCGACUUCCGUGGGGCGUCGUCCUACUCCGCGGAGGUGGAUUCGCCAUGGCUGAGGCCACAAACGUUUCCGGUCUUUCGCGGUGGGUGGGCCACCAGCUGUCCUCGUUGGGCUUCAUGUCGCCGCAGUGGAUCAUAUUCGUCGUGUCCGUCAUCGUGGCCUUCAUCACUGAAGUGGUCUCCAACUCUGCCACGGCCACCAUCUUCCUGCCUAUCAUGGCGCAGCUGGCAACCGACCUUCACAUGAAUCCUCUGAUGAUCAUUGUACCUGUUGCGCUGUCCUGUUCCUACGCCUUCAUGCUGCCCGUCGGAACGCCAGCCAACGCCAUUGUCUCCAGUCACGCCAACAUUUUCCCGGUCGAAAUGAUUCUCCCUGGUCUGGUAGUCAAGUGCAUCUGCAUCUGCAUUAUGCUGGUCAGCAUCAACACGAUAGGCAUCGUCAUCUUCGACCUCAACAGCUUCCCUGCCUGGGCCGUAGACUUGGAUGCCAACGGGACUCUGGUGGCCAUCUUGAACGGGACGAUGGCUCGUCGCCUGCGCAUAAGGCAGCCGUGGUACAGCCCAGCGAGCCAGUGUGAUGAUGCUGAUAACACGGACCCGGGUUCAACUUGUGUCGCAGGCGAGUCCUUGAGGCUUUCCGCGCCUGCCGUGACCCAGGUGCAUUUCGUUGGCUCUCGAGACCACCACGAACGCUGUGCGGCCGACGAGGAUAUCGAAACAGCUCGUCAAGGAUCAUCGUCUCCCGCGCCACCCCCAUCCGACGGUAUGGCGGGUAAAAGUGGCGACUGCCUGCUGGCUGCCAAGCGUGUUUUCUGGUUCGUGCGCUGUCACUGGCGGCGCAUCCUGGCACUCUUGGCGCCCGUGAUGCUCUCGCCUCUGCUCAUACUCCACGACACCAAGGAGACGCGAUGUGCUUACGUCAUCCUUCUCAUGGCUGUCUACUGGAUGUUCGAAGUGGUUCACUUGUCCGUUACAUCAUUGCUGCCCGUCUGCUUGUUCCCUUUAUUUGGUGUGCUAGACACUGCAAGCACAACGGCACCAUACAUGAAGGAUGCCAUUAUGAUGUACUUGGCAGGCAUGAUCAUAGCCGCCGCUGUUGAAAACUGCAAUCUUCAUUAUAGGAUCGCACUGCGCAUUCUGCUCAUUAUCGGCUCCAAAACUCUCUGGCUUCUGUUGGGCUUCAUGGUCACUGCGAUGUUCCUGUCCAUGUGGCUUAGCAACAUGGCGACCACACUCAUGGUUCUGCCCAUCGUUGACGCAGUCGUCAACGAAAUCUGCAAGAAAAACUCUGAAGAGAGUCUCAGGAGCGGGUCUCCGGAAAGUGGGUACACCAACGAAGCUUUCCCUGCAAACAGCGCUGACGUCAACGUCGAAAGCUUUGAACUGCAGUCUAAGGAAGACGAUAAAAGAGCGUCGGGCUACGAAAGGUACCGGAACGCCAUGUUGCUGGGCAUCGCUUACGCGUCCAACAUUGGUGGCACGGGCUCGGUCAUCGGUACGGCUCCGAACCUGGUCCUCAUGGGGCUCGUCGAGGAGUUGUACCCUAAGUCCAGCUCCUUGAGCUUCGCAACCUGGAUGAUAUACAACGUGCCAACCAUGAUUGUGUGCGUGACCUUCGCCUGGCUCUACCUGUAUUUCCAGCUUGUUCCGAAAAGAUUACGUGGCAAUCAUCUGAACCCAGAAUCAGUUCGGAUCGCUAUCAGAAAGCGCUACAAUGAGCUCGGAGCUUUAUCGUUCCACGAAGGCGCUGUACUGUUUAUCUUCGUCGUCACUGUGCUGUUGUGGUUCUUUCGGGACCCGUACGUCGUCACCGGCUGGUCCUCUUUCUUCGCACUUGGCAAGAAAAUCAAGGAUGCCACACCGGCCAUGCUUCUGGUGAGCCUGCUGUUCCUGGUACCGGCGAGGCCGAUCGCUGAGCCUCAGGGACCGGCUCUGCUCGAGUGGAACGUGGUGCAGAGAAAAAUUCCUUGGGGCGUCCUUCUGCUCAUGGGAGGCAGUUUCUCAAUGGCAGAGGCAUCAACGAAAUCCGGGCUGUCCCGGAUGUUGGGCCAGUACCUGACCAGACUGGAUGUGCUCCAUCCGGUGUUGCUAGUGGCUGUUCUCUGCAUUUUCACCACCACAGUCACCGAAAUCGCAAGCAACACGGCAACUGCCAGUGUUCUCCUACCCAUCACUAGUUACCUCGCCCAGGCCCUGAGGAUUCAUCCGUUCUUCCUCAUGAUCCCUGUGACAAUAUCAGCGUCAUUUGCUUUUAUGUUGCCCGUGGCUACGCCUCCAAACGCCAUGGUUUACGAGCACGGAAACAUGAAGCUGAAGGACAUGGUAAAGGCGGGAAUUGUGAUGAACAUCGCCUGCAUAAUCAUCGAAAUGGUUGCCAUCAAUACUUUGGGCGAGUGGACAUUCGGUCUUUCCAGCUUCCCAGCUUGGGCUGAGAUGGGAAACUCCACAAUCUCGACAAGUCCAGUCAACGUUUCGAUUUCGGCAAGCGCGUCCUAGUAGCGCUUUGAGAACAAUAUUUUCAAGUACCUGAAUGGAGAGAGUUAUAUUGUGUACGAAGAGUGUAAUGCUCUGCUGCGAUCUUCGGGUAUUUGUUCGCGGACAUCUGCAGAUGUACUCGGGCCUGGUUAGUAAGCUAUAGCUGGAGGUGUCACUUGUAGAAGCAAGCGCUUACUUGCCGUUGAAAAUUUACGUACUCAUGAUACUGAUCUCUAAACGAGGGUUAACGUGCACUGGAUUUUUACAAGUGUGAUGGUGAAAGGUUCUACCCUUCUACAUAGAAGGUACAGACAUUAUAUUCCGAUAACGAUUAGAAACAUCUUGUUCACAGCAUUCUUGAAAACUCAUGGUUCAGAAACUCGCAUACUAGAUGAAAUCCGAGACACCCCCUUUCAAUCCAAAACACUGAUCAAUGAACAUCAGUGAACUUCGAGACCCGUAAUAUCACCCAGGAGCCUUCAUGUCAUCGCUGUUUUCAAGCGAUGAGCACGCGUGUCACGAAUGUCCGCUGUCGUCAUGCAUGCCACGGCUGUCGCAAUAUGGCAUUGAAAGGCCCGAAUGACUCACGUCCUCUAAACAUUUUACUAAAAGCUUUCACCGUCAACCUUAUUUUGUGCUUUAAACAUAGCGUAACGUCACACUAAAUAUAUUUAUAACGUUACACAGUUCUUUACGUCGACGCAUGUAACGUAGCGGUUGCAAUCAAAGUGAUCCCAGCAAGCUGUUAAACCACGGUCGUAGCUUCAGCAUCAUUAUGGCAUUAAACCGGCUAUGUAUUUUGAGAACAAGCGCCCACAUACUCCUUAAGCAUAUUCAACGAUGGAUACACUUUAUUCGAUAAAAAGUAUGCUCGGUUUCCGCGCAUUCUUAUCACAAUGGAGUGCUCUGCUGAGCUGCCAAUUCCUCUAAGCGGGAGGAACCACCAGCUUUAUAUUUAGCUUCAUUUACAGGAGUGAUAGUAAACCCUGGACGAAAUAAGCUUACUCAUAUUGUGCCCAACAGGAGUGAACGUACUCCAUAUGGGGCAUGAGAUCAUAAGGACCCUUGGAAAUGGAGCUGCGAUAUAUGACAUCAAAAAGAGUGACCAGUACCGCCUUUUACUCCAUAUGGGGCAUGAGAUCAUAAGGACCCUUGGAAAUGGAUUUGCGAUAUAUGACAUCAAAAAGAGUGACCAGUACCGCCUUUGCUUUUACACUCUAAAACGUGUACACCCUUCGGGACGUAUGUCAUUCUCAAACAAUAAUGGUCAUCUAUCUUGCGUGCAUUUCCUUUUUUUGACAUUCAGCGUUCACAACUUCCCUGUCAAGAACGCUAAGUCACGCUGAUACGCGCAGCCCAUUCCUGACCUGAUAGUACCGGGCGAGCAGCGCUAAAGAUGGAAAAUGCAUGCAAGAUGGAGGACAAAUUUAAUAUCGUUUGAGUACACGAUAAACCCCAUUGAGUGAAACCAUUGCUUGCAACGUACUCUCUAAAUUACGCACCAUAGUUUAGCUUUGCCGCAAAACAAUUUUCAAUCGUCAUCAAUCAUCUCUGCACUUUCCUACCAAAGACGUCAUGUGUCUCGACGAGGGUUUCCUACGGGAAAUCGUAGCGUACGAGUUCAGUGAAGAAAAUACACAAUAUAGGGUACACGAUUUUUGAGAAUAUGGCACUGUGAAAAAUGGAGUAGCAGGCAAUAACGAAAGUUUGCACAGUUGUCACAGUAUAGUGCCAGACUGAAAUGGGUGAUUGAAAUCACGUAGAUCAACUAUCAUCUAGGCUCAUGUUGCAAUUCCUGUCGAGCGUUUUAGCCAAAGAAAGGCAGCUCAAGGUUCAGAAUAAAGCAUGAAUGUUUUCGGACUUGAACAUACUUUGCUCAAGCCUUCGAAAAAAAAAAGUUUUGUUAAGACAAAACAUUUUAUAGAUAACUUUCAUACGUAGGCUCAAGUCAUUGCGUCAUUGUACACUUCGUGGAAUAAAAUCAUGCCAAAGCCA